UUGAUGUAGUCAUCACUAGUUUUGUGAUUUUACGAGAUAACUACCUGUACUUGUUGCGUUUUUUUGAUACGCCCUGCCUAUUUAGUAUUACUUUAAAUGUAUCAGUGGAGGAUCAAAAGUUGCCCAAUCUGAAGUUAAUUGUCUCAAGUACCAGGACGUUGGUCUUGUUAUCGCAACUGUAGUUCCACAAGUUGGAAAUUAUUAUUUUGAGUCGAUAUCAGAUCCGCCAUUGCCACCACUGAAUGAUGGUGGGCAUGGUUUCGCUAAAUCGACUAAUUGUCUAACUAUGAAUGGUGUUCGCUAUUGCGAAUAAAAGUAACUGUUCUUGAUAGAAAAGGAUCAGGAAAUGAGUGGAUUAGAUCUACACUUUGUUGAUCUGCUGAGUUAUAUUUAUCCAGACACGGGUGAUGUGUCAAAGUAACAGAACAUUGCAUGGUAAAACUGCAAUUGUGACUGGAGCUAAUUGUGGUAUCGGUAAAACCACCGCCUUUGAGCUAGCAAAGCGGGGAGCUCGAGUGAUACUUGCGUGUAGGGAUGUGAACAAAGCAAACCAGGCUGCUGCGGAUAUAUUGAAGAGCUUUAAAAAUGCUGAUUUAAUUGUCAAACAUUUAGAUUUGGCAUCUUUGGCAUCCGUGCGGAAGUUUGCAGAAGGUAUUAUUACUGAGGAAAAACACUUGGAUAUAUUGGUUAAUAAUGCUGCUGUUUUUGGAUGUCCCAAAUCCAGUACAGAGGAUGGAUUUGAGAACCAUUUUGCCGUGAAUCAUUUGGGUCCAUUUCUCCUCACAAAUCUGUUAUUGGACCUGCUGAAAUCAUCAGCCCCAAGUAGAGUCGUCAUUGUAUCUUCAGGGUUAGCAAAGCGUGGAAAGGUUGAAUUUGAUAAUCUGAAUGGUGAACGGGAUUACACCAAACGUUACCCUAACACUAAACUAAUGAAUAACCUUUUUGCUAGAGAGCUCCAUCAUGUUCUUAAUGGUGAAUCAAAGGAGGUGAAAUCUGGUGUCGGAGUACAUUGUUUACACCCAGGUGUGGUGAAUACCAGCUUAGGGAGAUACAUGAUUCCAUAUUAUCUUAAACCUCUGGCGAUUCCUUUGAUGUAUUUACUUUUAAAGACACCCACCGAGGGGUGCCAGACUACUCUAUAUUGCUCCAUUGCAGAAGAGCUUGAUAAUGUAUCAGGCUGUUACUAUGGUAACUGUAAACAAGAGCCUUGGGGCGAGGCAUCGAAUGACAUGGCUGUUGCUAGGAAACUGUGGGAACAUAGUGAGAAACUUGUUGGAUUAAACUGAUGAAUAAUUUAUACAAUUCAGUGCAGAAUACAAAAUUUAUAAAUACAAGGUGAAAUACAAUUGUGGAAUGAUUCAUGUUAAGAGCUUGUGCACAGCUUACAUUAAAGGAAUUGAGAUAGCCAAGUACAUAUAUUAAUAAAAUACUUCUAUAUAGCAUCAGACCAACUGACUACUGGACAAAAUGAAAGCUAUAUGAACAGACGAAUGAGCAUUUUACAUAGUCUGG